AUGGGAAAACUCGAAGAAACAUGCGCCUCUCUUCGGGCGCAGAUUGCUGCCACAGAAGCCCAGCUUGCUGGACUGAAACGCGAUCUCGUGCGCGCCGAGAGUCAAGCGGCGCAUUCGGAGGACCCCGCGGAAAACAGCCAGUCGCGAUGGCCGUUACUCCAGGAGGAAUAUAAGCGGUAUGGUCGACAGAUGAUUGUGUCACAAGUUGGACUUCCUGGCCAACUCAAGCUGCGUUCCGCAAAGGUCUUGCUAGUUGGAGCUGGUGGGCUGGGAUGUCCCGCAGCUCAAUACCUUGCCGGAGCGGGCGUCGGGACUAUUGGAUUAAUUGAUGGGGAUACGGUUGAGAUAUCGAAUUUGCAUCGCCAGGUCUUGCAUCGAAGCUAUAACGUGGGGAAAUACAAGGUGGACAGUGCGAUUGAGUCUUUGAGAGACCUCAACCCACACGUCAACUAUAUCGCGCAUCGAACACAUCUUACUCCUACCGACGCCGCUGCUAUCUUCAAAGAAUACGACCUCAUUCUCGACUGCACGGAUAACCCCGCGACGCGAUACCUCAUCUCGGAUACAGCUGUGCUCCUAGGGAAACCACUUGUCUCUGCAUCUGCAUUGCGCACAGAGGGCCAGCUUAUGGUAUUAAACCAUCCCCCUCGAGCUCCUGGAGACAAGGAAGGCGGGCCAUGCUACCGCUGUGUAUUCCCAAAACCCCCUCCAGCGGACAGUGUGGUCAGCUGUGCAGAUGGUGGCAUCCUAGGACCUGUCGUUGGGACUAUGGGUGUUUUGCAGGCACUGGAGGCAAUCAAAGUGAUAACAUCAGCCGCUCCGUCUGCACCCGCUCUACACAUUUUCUCUGCGUAUUCAAAUCCUCUCUUCCGAACCAUUCGCCUUCGUUCUCGACGGGCAAACUGUGCGGUGUGCUCAGCCGACGCGACCGUCUCAUUGGAUACGAUUAAGAUAGGGUCAACGGAUUAUGUGUUUUUCUGUGGCUCUGCGUCUCUCCCUUCUCUUCUGGGACCUGAUGAGCGUGUUACGCCAGAGGAAUAUCGUGAAAAAUGUCCAGAUACCGCGAGCCACACGAUCAUCGAUGUCCGAGAUUCAGCCCAAUUUGGGAUCUGCAAUCUUGAAAAUAGUAUCAAUAUUCCAAUGUCGAAUAUUCUCGCAUCAACGGGCCAAAAGUCAGAUGAUAAGGAUCAGUCGACCUCAGUACCGCCGUGGCUUCCCUCAGAUGUUCUGAACCCAGAAUCUAAUGACCCAAUUUAUGUUGUUUGUCGUCUUGGGAAUGAUUCUCAAAUUGUUGUCAAGAGGAUGAAGGAGCUAGGGCUGGACCGAAAUGGGGAGAGAUUCAUAGGUGAUAUCCGCGGUGGCUUCCGCGCAUGGAGAGAGCAAAUCGACCCUCAGUGGCCCGAGUAUUGA